CCUCUCGGAUAUCGUUACGCCCAACCAUCUUAGGUCAGCGUAAUCCUAGUCUGGUGCCUGCGAGUUAAUGAGAGAAACAGAUGCUGAAACGUGCACCGAUUCUGAAAGCGCGUGCAAAAACUUCAUCGGGUGGUGAAAGUCUAUCUCGUCGUUCGCGCGCAGUGUUUUUCCAGGGGUCCACGUCAGCAGGGGAUGACGUGGAACGUUGCAGAUUCUCCCGCUGCAGUCGUAGCCACGGAGACGGUCGCUUAUUAAUCGUAUAGUUCUAGUCGCGUAACGGGGACGUUUCGGUGAAGGCUGCGCACGACCGUUAGCGAGACACAGGUGCACUUUUCGCUUCUGCUGCACGGUGUCGGGUUCUUUUUCUCGUCUUAGUCAUUGUCGUCGUCGUCGGUGACGCGCGUGUCUAGUGUCCCGCUGUCAUGAUUUUCGCGUGCUGCUACGUGGUGGCGCUACUGUCAGCGACCACGCUGUCCGCCGCCGUACCACACGUGCCCGUCGACAAGCCGCUGAGUUCUCAAAACCACUACGCGGAUGACGGCCACAAUGAUGACUACGAUCACGAGGCGUUCCUCGGACGCGAGGAGGCGGACGAGUUUGAUCAGCUGUCGGCGGAUGAAAGCAAGAGAAGACUCGGAAUUCUCGUGAACAGGAUCGACAAGGACAACAAUGAUUUGGUCUCCGAGACGGAGCUGAUUGAAUGGAUCAAGUACACACAGGAGAGGUAUGUACUGGAGGACGUGGCUUCACAGUGGGAGAGCUUUGGUAGCGUGGAUUCCAUCGACUGGGAUCGGUACAAGAAGGUCACAUACGGCUACGAACGAGACGAAGAUCCGGACGAGGACGAGCGUGCGGGCUUCAGCUACAAGAAGAUGCUGCAGCGCGACGAGCGGCGGUGGGCGCGCGCCGACGCCGACGGCGACAAGAAGCUGAGCAAGGCCGAGUACGGGUCGUUCCUGCAUCCCGAGGAUGCCCCACACAUGCUGGACGUGGUCGUACAGGUGACAUGUACGUGAGCGUGGAGGGUCAGCCCGAGCCGGACUGGGUAGCGCAGGAGCGAGAGCAGUUUGGCAAGUUUCGUGACACGGACGGGGACGGUAAGAUGGGCGUGGAAGAGGUGAAAGCCUGGAUCCUGCCGCCGGACUUUGACCACUCGCAGGCCGAGGCGCGACACCUCAUCUUCGAGGCGGACGCGGAUAAGGAUGGCCAGCUGAGCAAGGAGGAGAUCAUCGAGAAACACGACCUGUUCGCUGGCAGCCAGGCGACGGACUUCGGCGAGGCUCUGUCUCGACACGACGAGUUCUGAUGAUCGACCUGCGACCCCGCGCGCGCGCGUCUUGAGCGAGACCUCGUGCGGAAACGUAGCCAA